AUCUCUCCUCUUUCAACCAGUGGGUGUCUGUUUGUCUCUCUCUCUCUUCUUCAAGAAAGAGAGAGGAAAAUUCGAGGGAUUGCAAUUGCAUUGCCUUGCCUUUGCGCAUAGAUUCGUUGUUAAGGUAAGUCUGGAAUGGACUCCUUAACUACCACACAUCGUUUCAACGCAGCAAUUUAGGCGAUUCGCGGAUCGGGUCACCAUCGAGCAGAAGAAGGAACAUCUGAAUCAAGAAUAGUGAGAGUUCAAAUCUGGAUCAAGAAUCUGCGCUUGUUAUAUUCCCGAGCAAAUUAUCAGGCAUUCGAACGUCGAUUAGGUUUUUUUUUUUCUUGGAUUUUCCAUCGGGAUUGUCUUUCAAUUGGUUUGAGAGACGUAGCUGGAAAAUGCCAUCGUCUCCCAAGUUAUUCUACGCGCGUCCAUCGACCUACAGCCGCAGAUCGACUGUCCUGAUUCUCUGUGCUCUGAUCGGUCUGUUUGGAUUGUUCGGGAUUAUCUCCUUUUCCCGGCACGGCCUGGAGAAGAACUGCAAAUAUGGGAAGCCCUUAUCAGUGUCAGUGACCUGGGACAGAUCUUCCACUGGUACUGGGAGUACAGACAGUUCAGCUGAGGGGCAAAAGCGUCACAAAGUAAUGGGCUUUGUGGGGAUUCAGACCGGAUUUGGAUCCACAGGCCGGCGCAGAUCUUUGCGGCAGACUUGGUUUCCAUCAGAUCAUCAGGGACUGCAAAGGCUAGAAGAAAGCACAGGUUUGGCUUUCAGAUUUGUGAUUGGUAGAACCAAGGAUAGUUCGAGGAUGUUGGCUCUUAAGAAGGAGAUUGCUGAGUAUGAUGAUUUCCUUCUUCUAGACAUUGAAGAGGAGUACAGUAAGCUCCCGUAUAAAACCUUAGCUUUCUUCAAAGCUGCUUAUGCUCUUUACGAGGCUGAUUUUUAUGUGAAAGCUGAUGAUGAUAUAUAUUUACGGCCUGAUCGCCUUUCCCUUCUUAUAGCUAAAGAACGUUCUCAUCCCCAAACAUACCUUGGAUGCAUGAAGAAAGGUCCUGUGUUUACAGAUCCAGGGCUAAAAUGGUAUGAACCUCUUUCACAUCUGCUCGGAAAGGAGUACUUUCUUCAUGCUUAUGGUCCGAUAUAUGCUCUUUCAGCUGAUGUCGUUGCAAGCUUGGUUGCCUUACGAAAUGACAGUUUCCGGAUGUUUAGCAACGAAGAUGUAACAAUUGGUUCAUGGAUGCUGGCAAUGAAUGUCAACCAUGAAGAUAGUAAGAAACUAUGUAAAGCAGAGUGUACGUCGUCAUCCAUUGCUGUGUGGGAUAUUCCCAAGUGUUCAGGACUUUGCAAGCCUGAGAAGAAGAUGUUGGAACUCCAUGCCCAAGAUAUUUGUUCCAAAAGCCCGACUAUUCCACCCGAUGAAGAUGAUGAGUAGCGUGCCCGUUGAGCGUACUUUGUUAGUCCUCCUCAUACGUACGUCCAUUUUCUCUAACUUGCUUGCAGCGGACCGGGCUGUCUUGUUUAGGUAGAAACUGAAUUUUGGGGUUUGGGGGUUCCAAACUAUCAUAUUUUGUAGCAAACAUUUUCAAUUCUUUAUAUGGAGUAUAGUGCAACUUUUACCACACAAUGAAAAAAUGAUUUCAGAAAGCAGCAAGGAAUGCAUUGAAAUUAAUUGUUUCUUA